AUGUUUGAGUCUGAGGAGAUUUGGGGCGUUGAGGAUUUGGUGAGGAUUGACUUGGUCGUUCGAUUGGAAAGGUUUCUGGUGGCUAUACGAGCUACUGGGUAUAUGGCUGAAGUUUCAUGA